AUGGAUACGGUUAAGGAACGGGUCUUUGCUCCUAGCAAAGAGGGGCUGAAAAAUUUUGCCGGGAAAUCUCUUGGUCACCUGUACAGAGUGUUGGAAAAGAGACAGCAACAUGGGGAAAAUAUCGAGUUGACUGAGGAUGGGAAGGUACAGAACGUCCGCCCCAAGAAACCGCCUCUCUGCGAUUGCACCUGUUUCGGGUUACCUCGCAGGUACAUCAUCGCCAUCAUGAGUGGUCUGGGCUUCUGCAUCUCCUUUGGCAUCAGGUGUAACCUUGGCGUGGCCAUCGUGGAUAUGGUCAACAACAGUACUAUACACCACGGGAAUACAAUCAUUAAAAAGAAAGCGACAUUUAACUGGGAUCCCGAGACUGUGGGAAUGAUCCACGGGUCCUUUUUCUGGGGGUAUAUCGUAACUCAGAUUCCUGGAGGCUAUAUAGCAUCAAGAUUGGCAGCAAACAGAGUAUUUGGCGCUGCCAUCUUCCUCACCUCCUCCCUAAAUAUGCUCAUCCCGUCCGCCGCCAAAGUCCACUAUGGUUUCGUGAUAUUCGUCAGGAUUCUGCAGGGCUUAGUGGAGGGAGUCACAUACCCAGCCUGUCACGGCAUAUGGAGUAAGUGGGCCCCACCACUGGAGAGAAGCAGGCUAGCAACCACCUCAUUUUGCGGUUCUUAUGCUGGCGCUGUUGUUGCUAUGCCUUUAGCUGGGAUUCUUGUGCAAUACACUGGAUGGCCUUCUGUGUUUUAUGUGUAUGGGUCUUUUGGAAUUUUUUGGUAUAUAUUUUGGGUCCUGGUAUCCUAUGAAAGUCCUGCAGCACAUCCAACAAUCACAGAUGAGGAGCGCACCUACAUUGAAGAGAGCAUUGGUGAAAGUGCCAACCUAAUUGGAGGAAUAGAUAAAUUCAAGACACCAUGGAGAAAGUUCUUUACCUCUUUGCCAGUCUAUGCAAUAAUUGUGGCAAACUUCUGUAGAAGCUGGACUUUCUACUUGCUGCUCAUUAGCCAACCUGCCUACUUCGAAGAAGUAUUUGGAUUUGAAAUCAGCAAGGUCGGUAUGCUGUCAGCUUUGCCCCAUCUCGUCAUGACAAUUAUUGUACCUAUUGGUGGGCAGAUUGCGGACUACCUCAGAAGUAAGAGGAUACUUUCAACUACAAUGGUCAGAAAGAUAAUGAAUUGUGGAGGGUUUGGUUUGGAAGCGACCUUUCUUCUUGUGGUAGGCUAUUCACAUAGCAAAGGGGUUGCGAUCUCAUUCCUUGUCAUGGCUGUUGGCUUCAGUGGCUUUGCUAUAUCAGGUUUCAAUGUUAACCAUCUGGAUAUAGCACCUAGAUAUGCCAGUAUUCUCAUGGGAAUUUCCAACGGUGUGGGAACAUUAUCUGGAAUGGUGUGCCCUCUGAUUGUUGGGGCAAUGACUAAAAACAAGAGUCAGAAAGAAUGGCAGUAUGUCUUUCUAAUUGCGGCACUUGUCCACUAUGGAGGAGUCAUAUUUUAUGCAUUAUUUGCAUCAGGUGAGAAACAGCCUUGGGCAGACCCUGAGCAGACAAGUGAAGAAAAAUGUGGUUUUAUACAUGAAGAUGAACUGGCAGAAGAAACCGGUGACAUUACUCAGAAUUAUGGUACAACAAAGUCUUAUGGGGCCACCACUUGUGGCAAUGGUGGUUGGCCUAAUGGAUGGGAAAAGAAGGAAGAAUUUGUACAGGAGGAUGUGAAAGAUUCCUAUUACAGUAAAGGCCAAGAAGGAGACUAUUCAUAA